AUGUCGGUCCACGCGCAUCAACCCGUGUCCGAACCUCUCCGCGGCAACCAACCAGAACCUGAAAGCCCUGGCCUGACAUACACCGAUACAUGCCAUCAUGCCAGUAUCCUGAUCCUCCGACAACUCGGCCUGGAUGUCAUCAAAGACAAGGCUCUGAAGUUUCCACAACCUGCAGAUGUCUCUCACUGGAGCACCGAUCCUAAAUACGCUCAUACUCCUCGAACCAUCACGAAUGACAUGGUAUUCCCUACCGGUUUGGAUGAACUGCGUUUAACCAACCGAGCAUCGUCCACGGUUCCAAGGGCAACAAGUCAAGACACCCCACAAGCAAUUCCCCAUAUCCCGGAGCUAUCGUUUGUAACACUCAAGGAACGCGCUGACGGCCAGCAGCGUAAUGUCACACGCAGAACGGUAUUCCAGCUUCGGGUGAAUGCGCGUUGUGAAGAAAACCGUAUGCGAAAUCGGCCUGACAAGGGUUCAUGGACGAUCAUGGACAUGAACAAGAUCGCAGAAUACGACAGAAAGAAAAAAGUGCAACGCCAAAAGGAAUUGCUCCAGAAGAAAAAAGAACCGCAUCAGCAGGUACCACGCAGGUCUAGAAGACGAGGUUUUCCUCCGUCGCCGCCUCCACGACGGCAGUUACGACUGGCUUCGCCUGUCAGGUUCUCAAUCCCCCAAUCGGCUGGUCAUCCUCCGGAACGUGCUGGUUCAUCCGCACAACCUCAGUCGAAAGUUGAACCUCAAGACCGCAGGAUUUGCCUCACAGUACCGCGCCCUAUGGUCCUGCGCUUGACUCCGCAACCGCAAAUGCAACCGCCAUCCCUGCCGGCACACCCGGCACACCCUCCGAAUAGGAGCAUGGCGCUCUGCGAACGCAAGUCGAAUCAAGUAUGUCCGACCGAGCCCGCACCCGUCUCGCCCAAGGUCCCCAGUCGUCGCAGAAAGGUGCCCGCGAAUCCUGAUGCAGGGCGGCGCGCUCAGGUCCCUUCAAAGGAAGAAGCAGUUCCCGAAGUUUGCGAGCCCAUUGCGCUCCGGCGGAGUAAACGCAAGAGGACGGAAGUCUAUCCGAUAGAGAACGCCACAAAGAGACGCAAGCCGCGGUGA